GUGGUGCAUUGACAUCAGUUUGUCUCUGUUACUUUCUAAUCUAGUUACCUCAGACUUUGUCCAGUAAAAUGUCUACCACCAAUCUUACUGACCCUGAACUCUUCAACUGUCCCAUCUUUCAAGACCUGCUGAAGGAUCCAGUGACUUUGCCUUGUGGACACAGUCACUGUCUGGGUUGUAUCCAGGUACCUUUGGACUACCAGAGAGAAGAUCAAGUCUGCCCCUGGUGUAAAGAAAGCUUUCCACCACCAUUGAUCAAUCUGAACCGAAAUACUAUUCCGGCAGAAAUGGUGGUGAAACUGAAGAACAACGCUUCUACAACAGACAAUGUGGAGCUUCACCAAGACCCGAGUAACCCUUCUUUAUCUGAAGACCUGCCAAGCAUUAACUCUGACCCACUGUGCAAUUAUGGGAAAAUGAAGAGUGCCCACAAGGACCAGAUGAAAGUGAAAAGAAUGAUGAGCAUAUCUAACCCAGGUGGUGAAGCCAAUGGGAUCACACAGAUGUUCAAACCGGUAACGACAAUUGGGACACCUACUUUAGAAAUUCCACCUACCCUCUGUGCUAAGUCCUCAGUCUUGAAGGGUUCUACCAAACCUGCUGCUAGAGGGAUUUCAUUUGGUCUGCCUAACUUUAACAAAGGGUCGUCCCACUGUAACAAAUCUGACCUCUUUAGAAACCCUGAAUCUCAUACAAGUAAGCCUGGAUCUAACACAGAGUUCACAUUUGGUAAGCCUGAAUCUAACACAGAGUUCACAAUUGGUAAGCCUGAAUCUAACACAGAGUUCACAAUUGGUAAGCCUGAAUCUAACACAGGAUUUACAUUUGGUAAGCCUGAAUCUAACACAGGGUUUACAUUUGGUAAGCCUGAAUCAAACACAGGGUUUACAUUUGGUAAGCCUGAAUCUAACACAGGGUUCACAUUUGGUAAGCCUGAAUCAAACACAGAGUUCACAUUUGGUAAGCCUGAAUCUAACACAGAGUUCACAUUUGGUAAGCCUGAAUCUAACACAGAGUUCACAUUUGGUAAGCCUGAAUCUAACACAGAGUUCACAUUUGGUAAGCCUGAAUCUAACACAGGGUUUACAUUUGGUAAGCCUGAAUCUAACACAGGGUUUACAUUUGGUAAGCCUGAAUCAAACACAGGGUUUACAUUUGGUAAGCCUGAAUCUAACACAGGGUUCACAUUUGGUAAGCCUGGAUCUAACACAGGGUUUACAUUUGGUAAGCCUGAAUCUAACACAGAGUUCACAUUUGGUAAGCCUGAAUCUAACACAGGGUUCACAUUUGGUAAGCCUGGCUCUAACACAGGGUUCACAUUUGGUAAGCCUGGAUCUAACACAGGGUUUACAUUUGGUAAGCCUGAAUCUAACACAGGGUUCACAUUUGGUAAGCCUGAAUCAAACACAGGGUUUACAUUUGGUAAGCCUGAAUCUAACACAGGGUUUACAUUUGGUAAGCCUGAAUCUAACACAGGGUUCACAUUUGGUAAGCCUGAAUCAAACACAGAGUUUACAUUUGGUAAGCCUGGAUCUAACACAGGGUUUACAUUUGGUAAGCCUGGAUCUAACACAGGGUUUACAUUUGGUAAGCCUGAAUCUAACACAGAGUUCACAUUUGGUAAGCCUGGAUCUAACACAGGGUUUACAUUUGGUAAGCCUGAAUCUAACACAGAGUUCACAUUUGGUAAGCCUGGAUCUAAUAAACAAUUAUCAUUUGUUAACCCUGAAUCUAACACAGGCUCCUCAUUUGGGAAAGCUGGAUCUAACACAGGGUUUACAUUGGGUAAGCCUGCAUCUAAUACAGGAUUAUCAUUUGGCAAGCCUGCAUCUAAUACAGGAUUAUCAUUUGGCAAGCCUGCAUCUAAUACAGGAUUAUCAUUUGGCAAGCCUGCAUCUAAUACAGGAUUAUCAUUUGGUAAGCCUGAAUCUAAUAAACAAUUCUCAUUUGUUAACCCUGAAUCCUACACACAAUUCUCAUUUAGCAAGCCUGAAUCUAACACAUGUUUCUCAUUUGGCAAGCCUGCAUCUCACACACUAUCCCCAUUUGGUAAUCCUGAAUCUCUCACAAGACUGUCAUUUGGCAAGGCUGAAACUAACACAGGAUUCUCAUUUUUCAAGUCUUAAUGUAACACAGUUUUCAUAUUUGGCAAACCUGAAUCUACCAUUGGAUACUAAUUUGGUAAGCCUGUCUCUAGGAUAGUAUUCAAAUUUAGGGAGUCUGAAUCUUACCUCCGACUCUCCUUUGGUACGCCUGAAUCUAACACCUUCAGUGUAACAUAGCAUAGAGCUGGAACGAUGAACCAAAAAAUACCUACACAGACAUUUUAAACUCAAUGUUUUGCAUAUCAAUACUUUUUCAAUGUUUCCAGAAUGUUCCUGCAUUCAUUAAAAGAUUGCCUUUCGUUUAAUUUGAAACAGUGCUACAUCAGCUAAUCAGAUUUGUUUUCUAUCAGUUACUUCCUACACGUUUACAGUUCUUCCAAGGCAUGCUUGAGUAGCUGUGUUCACAAAAUGAGCAUGCACAAAUGUUAAAUCAUGCUUUUAGUUAUGCGAAUUCCGACUACAUCAAAAUACACUGCCAAAAAAAUUAAGGGAACAUUUAAAUUACACAUCUGGUCUCGAUCAACAAAAUAUAUUACAAAUCAAAAUCCUUCCUGUACAUUGUUUAAUUCGUUGAGAGCAAAAUGAUGUAACAACGGUCAAAGGAAACCAAUAUCACCAACUGGUUGAGGGCUGGAUUCAAGAUUGAAAUCACAGACUGUUCCAACUUGUGUGAAUUUCAUCACGGCUCAGUAGUGUGCAUACAGCUAUGGCCCCCACAUAGCUGUAUGCACUCCCCACAACAUCUGGCCAUGCUCCUGAUGAGAUGGCGGAUGGUGUCCUGGGGGAUCUCCUCCCAGACCUGGAUCAGGGCAUCAGUGAGCUCCUUUCAGAUAUCAAUCAAAACUCUGUUUUUAUAUAAUAAUCAUUGCUGUGGCUUGCGAUCUAAAACAUACUUGUUAUUCCUGGGGCUUGUAUGGCAAGAAGACACAGGUUUAAUCUUCAAAAUAACUGUUCUAAUUUGCACACAACUCCUCUUACACUCUUUCAAUUAGAAACUUUGAUUACAUUUUUAAAACUUUCUUCAAUGGGAUUUCUUCAAUGAGUAACAGAAUACUAACAGUAUCUCUUUCGCUUGAACCAUGUAAGCUACAGCUUUGAUUCAUAUAUUUAGCCUAUCCCCACUUCAAAUGCUUGGACAUGUAUCAACUAGGACAAUCUUUAAAUAACCGUGUACUGUAGGCUAAAGAAAACAGCCACUAGGGGGCACACCAUUUUUGCUGAAUUUGUGGCCUCUGUAGGGCUAAUUAUUUUUGCUGUUGGUGGGUAGGGAGCAAAUGUCACAUCCUGGCAUGGCCAUGCCGAUGAGACUCAAUGCCCUCAUUCUGAGCACAGAUACCUGUUCCUUGUCAUUAUUGCCCUCACCUGUGUUCCUGAUCACUGCCACCAUUAAAGUUCCAUCCAUGGUCUUGUAUUUUGUUGGUCAUUGUUUUGGAUUCUGUUCCAUGUAGUGUUUUUCUGGUCCGUUUUGGUUUUGUUAUGUGUUAGAUAUUUUAUCAAAAGUCCUCGGUCGUCCCUGCGCCUGUAUGCAGCGUUACAGCAAAAGGCUACCUGGCCCAAAGUCUUCCAUCCAUGUACGUCUUUAUGAACAUGACAGCUGAACCAUGUUUAUCUGUUAUUUUAACCAAACUCGUGUCAUUAUAUUAGCUUUUCAAAGUAAAUUGAAUAUCAUGCAAAUAUAUUUUUGUAAUACCUAUUUUGUCAUGACUGUUCUAUAGGCUUCUUGAAUGGAUUUUCAUCCAUUUGUCAGUUGGCCAACCCUUCCUUUUAAACAAAUGAUACUGUACAUUAUAUAAUGAAAUGUUUUAUAUAUUCAGUUUAUAGUAUUAUUACAGUUUAUUGUAUAUAUUCUGUGUAUAUUUUAUUUUUAUCUGAUAGUUUUUUAUUUGUUUAAUAUUAUUAUUAUUUUAUUUCUAUUCUAUUUUUUUUUCAUUUUUCAUGAAAUUUGAGAUUAUUCCUCUGUAAUGAAAAGCACAAAUGCAGUAAAUUGUUAUAAUUAUUAUUAGUUCUUAAGCAAAAUUCAGGCAUUAAAGCAAUUAGGCAAUCACAGCUAUUAAUGGCUAACAGUUUGUUGUAUUUGGUCUUGUUUUCUGUGGGAAGGCAUGCUGGAACGCAUGCUGGUGAUUCUGCUGGGAGGCAUGCUGUAUGGUAACAAAAUCUGUUCAUCAGUGGGGCUGUAUUCAUUACUUGAAUCUGCUACUUAACACUCCCGUUGUGCUUCGGUUGGAUAGGACCGAAUAUUUCUCUCUGAAAAACGUAGUUCAUUUAAAUAAUAUAUAAGGCAACACUGAGGAAUAAUGACUUGUCCAAAAUUACUGGAAGAUCUUGCACAAGCUGCAUUACGCAAGGAGUGUGUUUUCAAUGACCAUGCAGAUUGUUUUUGCUGAGAAUCACACUUGGCUUAUUAGUAGAUUUCAUUUUCCAUUUAUUUUAUGUAUAUUUGUUAUAUUUAUAGUCAAUAAAUAAUAUUUAGAUGUGGUCCAUGUCUGAAUAUGACUGUGAAAAUAAAGCCUGACUUGUCAUCA